AUGGCUGGCAGCAGCAAAACAACUCGCGGGCUUUAUGCCCCUGUGAUUGCGCUGGUGAUGGACCAAAUCUCAAGCCACCAUCUCCUACGUCCCUCCAACCAGACCGCUGAAUCGCAAUCCAUCGAUGUCGUUGUUUACCAGGACUGCGCUUCGAAUAUGGGUAAGGUGUCUCAUUUGUGUCAUCAGGUCAUCGCCGUACAACAUCCAGCCUGCGACGAGCCGCAUGGCUCUGCUGCCCUGGCAGCCCUGCUAUCGGCCUUUUCUGGAACACUGCUUGACAGGGCAACAUCAGUGCCAGCAAACAUUUCGGCAACGAUGUAUCACCAGAAGGACUAG